UUUUUUUUUAAAAAAAAGAGAGGCCGCCCCAAAUGGAGGAGGUCGCCGUCGUCGCCGUCUCCGUCGCCGCCCACCAACUCCGCCGCCCUCCUCCUCUCCGCCUCCGAUGCCAUUAACCCUACGCGCACGGGCCUCCUGGUCGCCGCAGGCCUCCGUGAUGCCGACGUGGUGGAAGCGCUCCAAGUCGGCGUUCCAGCGCUCCUCCGCCGUCUCCUCCGCCCCGGCCUCGCCGGCGAGGGCCUCCACCUCGUCGUGCGCGGCGCCCGGCCGCCGCAGCGCCGCCGGCAGGUGCGCCGAUGACGCCGGGGGCCUCCUCCUCGCGCGGCGCAGGCAGCUCACGCGGCAGCGGAAGCUGCGCCACGUCGACGACAUCGGCGUCGGGCUCGAGAGCCUCGGCCUCGUCGUCGCGAACUCCUCGCCUCCCCCCAGAGGCCGCGCCUCCACGUCCGCGGCCGUCGGCCACCCCGUCUCGAUCCCGAUCGCGAGGUCCGCGAGCUCCGCCGAGUUCAGAGCCGUGCACCAGCCGCCGCCGAGGGCCGCCACGGCGGCGUCGCCCGUGCUGCUCCCGCUGCCGCUGCCGUCUCCCAAGCCGGUGGAAUCGGACACGUCGGAGCCGGAUGUUGGUGGCGAGAGGGCGACGAGGGUGACAAGCCAGAUUGUUCAAAAUUUUCCUGAUAAUAAUAAUAAUCUUCCUGACAAUAGUUCAAAGCGUACUACCACCUCUAGUCACCACAGGAAGGUGUUCCGAGAGAAGUUCCAAGAUAAGAGUUCAACUGAAACUGCCAACUUUCGGUUGAACAUUCCUGCUAAAAGUGCUCCAAGCAGUGGGUUUUCAAGCCCCGUGUGCAGCCCUCGAAGAUUCAGCAAUGCCGAAUAUACGACACCAACUGCUCAAGGUCCCCAAGCGUGGUCCGCUCCAUCUGUCCGCUCGGUAGAUUCUAUGGCAACUUCAUCUCCGCGGAUUUCACCUGAAAUAUAUACAGGGGUUACAGAGCAAUCAACUUUUUCUAACUCAUUGAGAAGUCCUAUUCUAAUGUCGAAGAAUUCCAGUGCCCCUCCAUCACCUCUGCACCCAAAAUUAUUCCCAGAAAAUAAUAUGUCACGUAUUGAAGGCAAUGGGAAUGUCAGUUUCCACCCAUUACCACGCCCUCCUGGAGCUAUAAACUCAAUGCAGACAAGCAUUGUUAACCAGUCUGCUCCAAAAGUUGAAAUGCCCUCAGUGGCUGGUCAGUGGCAAAAGGGAAGACUCCUCGGUAGCGGCACAUUUGGCUGUGUAUAUGAAGCUACCAAUCGGCAAACUGGAGCUCUUUGUGCAAUGAAAGAAGUCAACAUAAUUCCUGAUGAUGCGAAAUCUGCCGAGUCUUUGAAGCAGUUAGAGCAGGAAAUAAAGUUCCUAAGCCAAUUCAAGCACGAAAACAUAGUGCAGUAUUAUGGAAGUGACACUUUUGAAGAUCGCUUCUACAUUUACCUGGAAUAUGUUCACCCAGGUUCAAUUAAUAAGUAUGUCAAACAACAUUAUGGAGCAAUGACGGAAUCAGUUGUCCGCAACUUCACCCGCCAUAUUCUUAGGGGUUUAGCGUUUUUGCAUGGCCAAAAGAUUAUGCAUAGGGAUAUCAAAGGAGCAAACCUGCUAGUUGAUGUUAGUGGUGUAGUCAAAUUAGCUGACUUUGGAAUGGCCAAGCAUUUAAGUACUGCAGCCCCCAAUCUUUCACUGAAGGGAACACCAUACUGGAUGGCCCCAGAGAUGGUUCAGGCUACACUUAAUAAAGAUGUGGGUUAUGAUCUUGCUGUUGAUAUCUGGAGUCUUGGUUGUACCAUUAUCGAGAUGUUUAAUGGAAAACCUCCCUGGAGUGAUCUUGAAGGGCCUGCUGCAAUGUUUAGAGUUUUGCAUAAAGACCCACCAAUUCCUGACAAUUUAUCUCAUGAGGGCAAAGAUUUUCUGCAAUUCUGUUUCAAGAGGAAUCCAGCAGAGAGACCAACUGCAAGUGAGCUGUUGGAGCAUCCAUUUAUCCGGAAUUCAAGUCAUUACAACAAACAUGGUUCCAUACAUUCAUUUGCGGGGAUUAAAUCCAAUGAUAAUAAUAAUGGAAAUGGUUCAAGAGACAAAGCAGCCUCGAAGAGUGAUUCCUGCGUGAAAGGAAAAAUUACUGUAGGUGAGCCAACCAAUGCUAGGCCUUCCGAAUCGUCAGCUUUUCGAUUGACUCCACUAUCAAUCCAGGAAGUUGCACCUAACUUCUCCUCUAGACCCUUAGGUCUAACCUCCAAUCCUAGUCCAUCAGCCAAUUUAGUGAACACUGUAUAUUUUCCGAUUGCAAACUCUCAGCGUAGUCCUUUGCCAAGACCUAAUGAAAAGGAGGCUCUGUUCUAAAGAUAUCAAGCAUGCCAUGGGGAGUGUGAUUUCCAUCUCGGAUCAUGUUCAUGUGCACAACUUUGAAUGCGAACUCGGUCCUAACUGUAUUUAUAGAAUUAAAGCAGAGAAAGAAUAGGAAGAUAUAAGAAGGAAGAUAAAUCUUGUGAAUCUUGGAUGUUGCGCUGUUAUAUCAGCUACACAGCAAUAAGAUAAAUGGUGGAAGACAUCCCAGAAGAGACAUACCUUGCACUAACAAUCAUGUGAUGGAAGACAUAAAAGUUUUGCAGCAGCCAUCUUUAACUAAGUUAACCAUUUUUGUGCAAUAGUUGCACUAUAUGAAUUUGUACAGCUUACAUGUUCUUGUAAAAUAGUGAUUGCCUAUUUGGACAUGCGACUAAAUGUUGCUGAAUGUGACGGAUCCAUGAAAGCAUGGGAUCUUCAUUGUUUUGGGAUAUUCUGAUGGCAUUUUUUUUUUGUAACAUACAAUCAGGAAUAACUGUAGAUAAGUUGAAAGUCCCUUAUUCUAAUCUCAUCUAACAGGUUCCACUGCUGUGUAAUCAUAUUUUUGUUGUAUUUUUGUACAAAAUGGUGUGAUUAUAAAUACUAGUAUUUACCCAACA